AUGGGGUGGACUGCGGCAUCAGAACACGUCGCAUUGCUGCACAAGAAGGGGCCCACGCACGCCAAAGUCCUCCGUCAGCGGACCUACGCCUUCAUUGUCAACUGGCACGAUCUUCCCCUAGAGACACGUGGGGUCAACUCAAAAGUCUCUCUUCUGGAAUCCAACAGCCUGUUAAAGAGUGAACUCAUGGCGAAGCUGCUUGGAAUGGGGAAGCACGUACGGGCUCUUGACAUUGUUGAAUAUCUUGCGGAUCCAGUCAUCAAGGAGAAGUUCGGCAUCAGAAUCAAGGUCUCACUUGCAAGUGCCCACGUCUGGAUGUUGGAACUGGGUUUUCGGUGGCAGAAGGCACCCUCCGGUCAGUUCAUCGAUGGGAAUGAACGAGAGGAUGUCGUGGCAUACCGCCAAGAUGAAUUCCUGCCACGGUUGCAGGAGCUCGACCAUGAGGUCUCCCAAUUCGACUCCAGUGACGGCCGCUCCCUCCCGUUUUUCGGCCCAUGCAUCAUUGGCCCCCAACAGCGACCAAUGGUGUACCUCUUCCAUGAUGAAUCAACGUUCUAUGCUCACGACCGACGGGAUGUGGCAUGGCAGAAGCCGGGGGUGACACCAUAG